AUGCGAUCAGUGUACGCUCGGGCACUUCAAACUUCCUUGACAAAAUCUUACACGGUGGCCACCCUUCCUGACGGAGAUGUUGGGUUCCGUCAGUCCGUCGAUCAAUAUUACGACCGGGCCGCCCUGAUUUUAGAAGAUAGAUUAGUAGAAUCGUUCGGCGAUCGGACUCCAGAGAGAGAGAGAAGACGCAAAGUGAAUGGAAUGUUGAAUAUAAUUAAACCGUGUAAUACAUUUCUUUCUAUGACAUUCCCGAUCAAAAGAGACAAUGGCGACUAUGAACUUAUCACAGCCUGGAGGGCCCAACACAGUCAUCAUCGAAAACCAUGCAAAGGAGGAAUCAUAUUCAGUGACAAGAUAGAUGCUGAAUAUGUGAAAGCCAAUGCAGCCCUAACCACGUAUAAAUUGGCGUGUGUUGGGGUCCCAUUUGGAGGUGCACACGCCGGAGUGCAAAUCGACCCUACCAAAUAUUCAGAUGUCGAAUUGGAGAAAAUUGUUCGAAGGCUGACGAUUGAAAUGGCUAAGAGAAGCUUCAUCGGCCCAGCCAUAGAUGUACCUGCCCCGGAUUUAGGGGCCACGGAUCUUAUGAUGAGUUAUAUGGCAGACACCUACAAGUCGACAUUAGGUCACAUGGACCUCAAUGCCAUAGCAACAGUCACUGCCAAGGCAAUCUCUCAGGGCGGUAUUAGGGGGCGAGAUGCUGCUAUUGGACUGGGCAUCUACUACGGCCUUCGAACUUUUAUGAAAGAGGCCCUUUAUUUAUCUUCAGUGGGCCUAACACCUGGCUUCUACAACAAGACCUUUAUAGUGCAGGGGUUCGGGCACGUGGGCCUACAUACGGCAAAGUUGUUGCACAGUGCCGGGGCCAGGUGUAUUGGGGUGGAGGAAGUGGGAGGGGCCAUCUACAACGAUGAAGGGAUUAACCCCGAUGAGUUGGAAGAGUAUUAUAAAGAGCACAAAACUUUGGUGGGUUUUCCAGGGGCGGCGGCCUACUCCGGUGACUCCAUCUUGGAAGAGGAAUGCGACAUUCUCUGCCCUUGCGCCACUCAUGACGUCAUACACAGCGGAAAUGUCGGCCACAUCAAGGCCAAGGUCAUUGCAGAGGGAGCCAAUGGGCCCAUCACGCCUCAGGCUUACCAAGUUUUGUUGGAAAGUAACAAAUUAGUUCUGCCUGACUUGUUCAUUAACAGCGGAGCGGUGAUUGUUUCCUACCUUGAGUGGCUAAAGAACAUCAGGCACGUCAGCUUCGGCAGGCUGACCUUUAAAUACACCAAAGAUACUAAUUAUAUGUUACUAGAUAGCGUUCAGAAAUCUCUGGAAAGAAUUUUUGGUCGGAAGCCUGGUUCAAUCCCAGUGACUCCUAGUGAACAAUUCGGAAAGAGAAUUGCUGGUGCAUCAGAGACGGACAUUGUAUAUUCUAGUCUGGAAUACACUAUUGAAAAUGCGUCCAGGGACCUAAUGUCGAACGCCCAGAAAUACGACUUGGGACUCGACCUGAGAACAGCUGCCUACAUAACCGCCCUUGAGAAAAUUUUUGAAGUUUAUAAGGAGGCCGGACUAACCCUGGCAUGA